AAUAAAGCCUAAUGGGUCGAGGGUAGGUGGUGUUAUUGGCAUUGAUAUUGAUAUUGAUUCUCUUCCUUCUCUCUCUUCCCAUAUCGCACAAACAAAUCGUAUCAUCGAGCGAGCAAUGUCUGGAGAAUCAGCCACCACUGCUGUUCACAAGGGUCAAGUUGAUCUCUUAGACUUUAUAGAUUGGACUGGUGUUGAAUGUCUUAAUCAAAAAACUAAUAACUCUCUCCCCAACGCUAUUAAACAGGGUUACAGAGAAGAUGAUGGAUUGCAUCUAGAGAGUGAUGCUGAUGAGCAGCUUUUGCUUUAUAUUCCUUUCACUCAAGUUAUUAAGCUUUAUUCCGUUGCUUUCAAAGGUCCUGAAGAUGAAGGCCCCAAGACAGUGAAGCUCUUUUCCAACAAGGAACACAUGGGAUUCAGCAAUGUCAAUGACUAUCCACCAAGUGAUACGUUAGUUUUGUCUCCAGAAAACCUCAAGGGCAAACCGGUACUUUUAAAGUAUGUCAAAUUUCAAAAUGUUCGUAGCUUGACAAUAUUUAUUGAGGAUAACCAGACUGAUUCUGAGAUCACAAAAGUUCAGAAGAUUAUGCUGAUCGGAUCAACAGUUGAAACAACGGACAUGAAGGGUUUGAAGAAGAUUGAGGAUCAUUGAGCUCAUAAGAAGUAUUGAGUCAAGUUUCCUGCAGAUCCAUCUGCCCUUAGAAAUUUUGAUUGGAAAUGUUACAUUCAGCUUCAUGAAUAAUGGUUAAUUACGACUUCUAACAUCUAUAUUUUUUCGUAAGAUACUGAUGUUAAACAGUAUAUCUGCUUGGGUGUGACAAUUUAUGUGAUAGGAAGUUAUGUUCAAGCUGCAUGGCUGUUUAUUUUCUUUUUCACAUGUUUGGGUAAUAUGUAAAAAAUUGAGGUUAGAAUUACCUUGAAUGACUGAAGAUUGGAGCUGGACUAUAUCGACGAUGUCAUAUAAUUUGGUUUUCUUUUAAAGCA